AUGGCCCUGUUCCGCCGGAAGCAUAAGCAGAAUCUUUAUGAUAUUGCGACCCAGCCCUCCGUCUUCGACGAUCCAGAGAGGGCAAGGUAUUUCCAGCCCGCCGAAGAUUAUGAGAACAUACAUCGGUUUGAUCCAGAAGCCAGGUGGACGUGGGCGGAGGAGCUUCCGCUCGUCAGCAAGCUCGACUGGAAUAUCAUGUUGUGGGCAUGGAUCGCCUUUUUCGCCAUGGAACUGCAACGGUCAGAUCUGACCCAGGCAAACACGGACAACUUCUUAGACAAUUUAGGCAUGUCCACAGACGACUAUAAUAUGGGAAAUACUAUCUUUAAGUUGGCGUACAUAUGCGCUGGGCUUCCAUCGCAACUAAUCAGUAAGAAAGUUGGCCAUCACAGGUGGAUACCUACGCUCGAGUGUCUGUGGAGCGUCGUGAUGAUUUCGCAAUUCUGGAUGGAUGGCAGAACGACCUUUUUAACUUGCCGUGUUCUGCUUGGCUUGUUACAAGGUGGUUUCUGUUCUAUAAUUGUCCUAUAUCUCUCCUACUUCUUUAAGGGUACCGAAUUAUCUUUUCGCUUAGCUAUCCUCUAUACAAGCAUGAAAACUGUCCAUAUUGUGGCACCGAUACUUGCUUUUGGUAUCUUGCGACUCCGUGGCUAUCAGGGAUUGGAGGGGUGGCGAUGGCUUUUCCUAAUCGAGGGUCUCUUCAAUCUUGCCGUCGGGAUCUGGUCUUGGUUUAUGAUGGUACCAUCGCCUACCCAGACCAGAUCGUGGUACCGGCCAAAAGGCUGGUUCAGCGAGCGUGAAGAGGUCAUUAUGAUCAACCGCUUAUUAAGGGAUGACCCCUCUAAAGGAGAUAUGAAUAAUCGGCAGGCUAUAAACUUGAAGAAGUUGUGGCAGUCGUUGUGCGAUUUCGACCUUUGGCCAAUCUAUAUUGCCGGUUUUGUUUUCCCUAUACCGUACGCGCCGUCCGAUCAAUAUUUAAGCCUUACCCUGCGAGGUUUCGGGUUCGAUACGUUUGAUUCGAAUCUGCUUACAGUCCCAAGUCAACUAGUUGGUAUCUUCACAAUGCUUAUCCCAACAUAUCUCUCCGAAGCUUGGAAUCAAAGGUCCUUGAUGGGAUUGUUCGCACAGAUUUGGGUCUUGCCUAAUAUUAUCGCUCUCGCCGUGCUGCCGAGUGGUACAUCACAGUGGGUGAAAUAUGCUGUGGUUUCGGUUUUGCUUUCAGAGCCAUACCUACUGGGUAUGCACGCCGCUUGGUGCAGUCGGAACUCGAAUGCCGUCAGAGCACGAACUGUUUCAGCUGCCGUCUUUGAUAUGUCCCAUCAGCUCGCCGGUAUCGUGUAUUCGAAUAUUUAUCGCACUGACGAUAAGCCCGAGUAUCGCCGUGGAAAUAAGCAACUCGUCGCAGUCUGCGCAAGUAAUAUAGUGAUAUAUAUACUUAUAAAGCUCUACUACAUUUGGCGCAAUAAGCAAAAAGAGAGCGAAUGGAGCGCAAUGACUAGAGAGGAGCAAUUACUGUAUUUACAGACGACUACAGACCAAGGCAACAAGAGGAAGGACUUUAGGUUCGUCCACUAG